AUGCCUUACCGGAAACAGUCGCUGCUGGGUUACGUGGCGGCCACCGAGGAGGUGAGACCGGGCCGGAGGUUGCCGCCGCCGCGCCGCUGGUCCGCCGCCGUCGGCUGGCGCGGCGGCGCGGUAGGCAGCGGCGGCGGCGGCGGCGCCGUCACGCGCGGCGAGAUCGUGGAGCAGGCAAUGGCCGCCUGCGGCCGCUACCUUCGCUUCAAGCUGCGCUCGCGCCUGGCCGCUCACAAGAAGCUGGGCCUGCAGAGGCUGAAGAGCGUGGGGGGCCCCGCCGGCGACCCACCGGUGGCCCGAGUGUCGGCCGAGAUUCGCCGCCUGGCAGACGAACUGGAGAAACGUCAUCCGGAGCUGUACCGCAGCGUCAUCGAGAACGUGGGCCUGCAGACUCUCAACAACGAGACGGCCGUGCGCAACCUCUUCCUGGCCCUGGCCCGGCGCAUCCUGGAACCGGAAGUCACCUGGGGACGAAUCGUGGCCCUGUACGCCCUGGCCGGAUCCCUGGCCCUGGACUGCGUCAGACUGGGUCAUCCGGAGUUCGUCCCCUGCCUGGUGCAGAACGUGGGCACGCUGAUGGAGACGAACGUGGCCCAGUGGAUCGCUCAGCAGGGAGGAUGGAAAACCUUAACCACCAGAUUCGAGAAGUCGCGCCGCCUGGGCGCCCUGCACUUGUUGGUGGUGGCGGCGAGCUUGUUCGUCGCCCUGUACUUGGUGUACUUCGCGUGAAGCGUCUUCUUCCUUCCACCGGAAAGCCGUCGUUUGUGAUGAGAUUCGAAUUUUUCCUACGUACGAACUUAACCGCACCGACUCUUCUAUUUUGCACAGCAUCCGUUUUCUAUUGUAUUUAUACGCGUUACUCCUUCCUUCUUGUGUAACGCCGUCGUUAUUAUUAAAAUCUCUUCUCAACAA